AUGGAAAGUGAGACACCAGUGACCAAAAGUUUCCAUAAUGUAUACAAUUCUGGAGGAAGCUUAAAAUACAAGCACUGAUACGUCACAUUUACAGUUAAUCAAGAACAGAUUGAAGAAGGCCAUAACGAAUUUGAAGAAAAGAUGAAGGAAUUCAUCAAGAAAAAUAAAGGAAAGAUCCUUCACAUUAACAAGCAUAAGAGGGAAGAGACUAUGAUCUACUACAGAUGAUACUUUGCUGUUAACAGGAAGGACUUUCCAGAAUGGAAGGAAUACACUGAAUCUAUUAUCACGACUAUUAUGAAGCCACGUUCAAUGCCUAGUUUCAUCGAAUUCAAUUAG